AUGGCCGGUUGUAGUGAUAAUUUGUAUCGGAACGGUGGCCGCCCUGGACCCGAUGGUGAAGAUGGUGCCCAAACGGUAACUAUUCGUUACGAUCGGACACUGUGGACGGAUGGAAAUGGAACACACCGGGAAGAGUUUGAUUUCCGCGCUUGGAAUUGGACCGAAUUGUACGCUUUUCCGGACGGUACGCCAAUUGAGGUGAUCUUCAAUGGACUCGAUGUGAUGCAAAUCGAUACAUUGUACGGUAACGAGCGGGUCGCCAGCCUUAACUUGGACGAGAACCAAAUCGCCAACGUUGCGCGAGAAGCGUUUGAAAACUUUAAGCGUUUAACAAGACUGUCCCUACGAAAAAAUUCCAUCAAAAAUAUAGAAGCAUUGCUUCAUCCUUACAAUGAGCUCCAGUUCCUGGACCUGUCCCACAACCAGAUCGCCAAACUGGAUGCAUUCAAACUGCAAGCGCUGGUAUCGUGGCCCCGCUUAACGCACCUCAAUCUGUCCUUCAAUCACAUCAAAACGGUCACGAACCAACUGGGCAAGCUCGAGCAGCUAGUGUGGCUCGAUUUGUCCAACAAUAAGAUACAUCGCGACGCGAAACCAAUCGUCCUGCCGGGAAACAUACAGGAGCUGCGGAUGGACAGCAACCAGUUGACAGAUUGGCCGUUCGAUGGUGUACCGAACUCACUGAAAAACCUUUCGCUGCGUUUUAAUGAGCUGCACUCGGUCAAAACGGCGUCCGGUGUGCAGCGUUUGGAUCUGUCCUAUAAUAAUCUUUCCGACAUGGAAGGAGACUGUUUUCCUUCCCUUGAAGAGCUGGAUCUGUCCAGCAAUCACUUCAACGCUCUGCCGCUACUGAGCAACACGACGGAACCAUGGCCUCUGCGGAAACUGACCUUCUCUCGAAUGCCAAAUCUUCAAACUAUCGACCGAAACUUCCUCUCGAAAGCAACCAAUUUAAUGGACCUGAAAAUAUCGAUCUGUCCAAAGGUAACACACCUUGAGGCAAAUCUUUUUACGAACCUGAGUGCACUGGAAAGGCUAGACUUGAGCUACAACGGUCUUCAGCAAAUCCCGGAGCAGCUGGCCCACUGGGGCAGGAUCAAACACGGCGUAAACCUGCAGGGCAAUCCGAUUAACUGCAACUGUUCGAUGCAGUGGAUGUUGGAUCGGUUAAUUCCGGAGAUGAAGCGGCACAGGGAAUUGCACCACCUUUUCACGCGUCUCCGCUGUGCCCGACCCAGCAUCUUCCAGGAGCAGCUGCUCGUCCAUCUGACCGCCUAUGACAACGUGCUGUGUCGAUCGACGAGAGAACUAAUCGGGAUGGAGCACGUCAUUACCGUGCCCGACGAGUCGGAGAAGUGGAUCGUGAUACAGAAGAUCAUACUGGCCGUCCUGAUCGUGUGCAUCGUUAUCGUUGCUUGUUAUCUCAUAUACUUAAAAAGGAAACCGCGUUACACGGUGGUCCCGAAAAUUAUAUGGACGUACAAAGCGGGUAUGUAACGAUGGAUUGGAGCCAUUACCGCCUCCCUGGCUUCCUAAGCUUAGUCGAGAAAGUGUGCGACAUAAGUGACGCCAGGUACACCAGUGCCGGGUAUCUCGGUCUAUUUCGAAUUGAUAGCAUUAAAG